AUGGAUGAUGCUCCGCUUCUCGGCCAUCCCGAGACAAGACCCACCAGGGAUGCCAAGUUUUAUCUUCAAUGGCUGUUGCGGUUCUGCAUUUUCGGUGUAACGGGAUCGUCCAGUGUGGCCGUCACCCGAGCCAUUUUACAUCAUCUCUUUAACCUACAAGCCGGUUCUUGGUCGUAUCUGUGCGUGUUUUUCGUAGCUGAACUAUUCGUCUACUCGAUUAUGCUGUUUCUCAUUGGCACCAUUCUUGGUCAAUGGCGAUUCUUUAGCAUGGUACUUUUCAAAAUGUGGGGCUGGGCUUUAUCUGUCAAGACUCGCGAAAAAUGCCGUCAACGACUGCAAGAGGAAUAA